UAUUUUUUAAUAAUCCCUUUUUCAUUCGACAUACUUUAUCUUAAUCAGGAUAUUAAUAAGGAACUAGCAGAUCAUGUAACUUUUGGAAUAAUCCACCAAUUUUUUAAAAUUAAACACUAUCUAAAGUUUUGCAUCAAAGCGUUUUUUUUUAUAGUGAUUUUAAUCACUCUCAGAUAUCACAAUAUACUUGAUCUAACUAUGCCACGUCACCACUGUGCUGCGACCCCACUGUGCUGGGUUUUUUUUUUAACCUAUAUUAAGAAAAUUUUCUAAGGAUGUAGUUUGGGAACAUUUUUUAUUUUAUUUUAUAUAAAUAAUAAUAUUUUUCAUGACCGUUUUUUCUAAAUAUACUUUAAAAGUUCCUAUUUUCAGUAAAAAUAAGUCGUUGCAUAAAUUUUAUGAUAGGCUUGAGCCCUUCCCCUAUAAAUACAUGUUAUUUUUUAGGUAAUGAAACGAAAAAAAAUUGUCAGCACGCCAAUGAAAAUAGAAAAAUUGAUAAAAAAAAUCUUUACCGUCCAAGAUAAAAAACAUGGAAUAUAAAGUAUCCUCGACAGUUACUACCUCGACAGCUAAGGAUGAAACAUUAUUUGAGUAUAAAGGAGGUUUAGCAGAUGACUUAAAAUUUUUAGCAGCCAUUCCCGAAGUAUGUGACGUUACAUUUUUAGUUGGAGAAACUCGAGAACCAGUAUGUGCUGUUAAAGCAAUACUCGCAGCAAGAAGCAAGUUAGUAAAACUUCUAAAUGGUUAUUUAAUGAAGAGAUUAGCUGUAUUAGUGACGGCCCAAAAAAUAUUAGUAAUUUUACUAGUAUUUUACAAGAUGUUGUAUGACACAAAUCAAUCGUCAACAAUUAACAGUACUCCGAAACGCAGUGGAGGUUUAAUAAAACAAUUAUCUGGAGUUGCUUCGGGUAGUCAAAACCCCCAACAACAAAAUCGAUUAAGAAUGUUACUCAAACGAAGUUCAGAACCAUUAUUAAUAUUUCAGCAACAUCAAUCGAGGCAGUUUCAAAAUUCUUCUCCUAACCGGAAUAGUAUAAAAAAUAUCAAAAUAGCUUCUGCUGGGACUAACACAUCUUCUUGGUCAAAAUAUAAAAGAGGAAGCACUGCAGGAAACAUUUCACCCACCAAGAGUAACCUAACAUCAUCUACUGUUAUCGUAGUUGACGAAUUCGAUGCUGAUGUAUUCAGACAGUUAGUUGAAUAUGUGCACACAGGAUGUGUUACUUUGCAACCACGAACACUUUUAGGUGUACUAAAUGCAGCAGAUUUUUAUGGAUUAGAUGAACUUCGAGCAGCUUGUACAGGAUUUGCUGAUUCAGGAGGUAUUACAGUGGAUACAGCAUGCGCUUUGUUGGCAUCCGCUGAACGUUACAUUCAUUAUAAAUGCACAAAGUCAUUGGUGCAAAAAGUACUUGAAUUCGUCGAUGAACAUGGCGGACGUGUUCUAAGCCUCGGGUCUUUUACAUUGCUACCACAACACGUAGUUCGUUUAAUUCUAUCACGGGACGAGUUGCGUGCCGAUGAAUUGACCAAAUUUCAGGCUGCUUUAAUGUGGUCAAAAAAGUAUGCUGCUGAUGCUGCUGAUAACAAUAACUCAAAUGCAGAAGAAGAUGACUGGAGAGCUAUUUUUCGUGAGCAUUUUUCAUCCAUAAUUCAGUAUCAUAAGAUCGCUGCCCGUGUUAUUUUGGAUGAAAUCAUGCCAUUAGGUGUAGUUCCAGAUCGUGAUCUCUUAUCGGCACUGGCUUACCAGGCCGAUCCCAAUAGUGUGCAACUUAAUUCUACAACUACUGCUGAUCAGCUACGAUGUGGUAGACGUCGCACUCGUUCCAUGUCAGUACAGAGUGGUGGUGCUUGUGCUGGUGAUGACGACGAUGUCGAACCUCCAUCAGGCUGUAAUCGCGUUAAUGUCGCUGCUGGUCCAUCGACAUCCGGAGCUCCAGCAACUUCAACUCCAAGCAGUGGUGGAAGUGGAGGCAGUGCUAAUCUGAUAGCUCAACAUCAGCGACCUCCACCUUCACGACGUCGUCGGAGAACUUUUCAUAUGCAUCACCAGCAUCGCUCUCGUCAAAGACAUCAUUGUCAUCGAUCAUCUGACUCGACAAUUGCUUGUAGUUGUAGUACCAGCGACGAAGACUCGGCAGACGACUUAACUUCAUCGUAAUAUCAGUUAUCACCGAGUGUCAGAUGUGUCAAUUUUUAAAAUGAGUGUGAAAAUAUAUUAUUGUAAAUGGGUUACAGAUGCACGAAUUAAAGAUUUGGGUUUAUAUUAAAUUAUUAAUUAUAAUUUAUUAACGAUAAUCAUUUUAAUUAUUAACAACUAUGUUUGACAAUGAAAAUUCAUUACUUACUUAAAAGAGCAAUGACCGUCGAAUAGGAGGGAAUUAGGGGGAUAGAUCCUCCCUCAUUAACAUACCCUUUUUGACAUUUUUCAUUAAAAUUUUGGAAACUUUAUAUAUGUUAUUGACCGUAAUUAAUAUAAAAAAUUAUUAAUUAUACAAAUUUAAGAGUUUAAAUUUCAAGUUUUGGUAUUAUUUAUCUGCGGGUAAAUUCAACGGGACAUUAUUCUAAAUAAAUUAAAUAUUUUAAAUAGGCUUAAUAAGAAAAAAGACAUUUAUAGUAAUCCAGAGUAAUAUCUUGAUAUAGUAAUACAAAUAAAAAAUCUUAGGGGAAUGGAGUUACAGUGCCAAUGAUGAUUUUUAUCAAAUAGGGUUUUCAUUCCCUCUCAUGCACAAAAUACCACCUCUGCAUAAAUGUUUUUUAUAAUAUGUAUUCUUUUUGCUGAUAUAUGUAUUCGAGGACGUCCGAGCAGUACUUACGAUUUUAACUACUUAUUUUCGCUUAUUACUUUUUAGUUGUGAUAAUGACUUCACAUUUAUUAAUAUAAACAAGCCCUAGUAAAAAAAAAUGAUAGGCUGUUAAAUUAACUAAUAAUUAGUCUAUAUUACUUUAUAAGAAAUCUAUAAAUUAUUUAUAGAUUUCUUUUUGUUAUACUGAGAAUCGUCUUUAUUGAUUUAUGGAAGGACUAUUGUCCUUAAUCCAUACAAAUACGGCUUCAGUGGGCGUAAAGUUCCAAUAAGUUCAUCUAAAAUGACAUAAACACUAUAAAGAGGUUUUUAUUUACACACUUUAAAAUUUUCAAACUUCCAUUUACUUUGUGAAAUGUGAGAAGUUAUAAUACAUUUAUACACAAAAAUGCAUAAUUAAUGUUACAUGUAUAAUUAUUUUGUAAUAAAAAACAUUUGAUUACUUUAUUCACGUGUGUAUAUACGUAUAUUUGGAUUAUCUCAACAAUGGGACAAUAAAUUCUAUAAAAGUACAUGGAUUGGAUUUUAAGGCGUACUAAAGGGUUUUACUUAUAUUCGAGGGGUCUAUAAGUCAAAAUUAUUAAAAAAAAAUUUAGAAAAUCUCAACAUUUAAACCAGGAAUCUCUUAACAACUUUUAUGAACUUACUAAAAAUAUACCUACAGCCAUAUUAUAUUUGAGAUUUAACACCACCCUCAACAGUAAACAAUAUUGACAAAAUUAAGUGUAUAUUGUAAAUUUAUUAAACAUUACGUUGAAAAUGAUGAUAAAAAUUUAUAAUUAAUAAUUAUACUUUGUUAAAAUAAAUGAAUAAGUAACACUCUUAUAUAUUUAUCAAAAAAAUAUUUUC